CAUUUUCUCUGCUGUUGGGUUGCCCCAUAAUGAGAUAGCAGCUCAGAUCUGUCGCCAGGCAGGCUUGGUCAGGAAACCUAAAGAUGUGAUGGAUUAUAGUGAAGAGAACUUUGCCAUUGUAUUUGCUGCUAUGGGUGUGAACAUGGAAACAGCCUGGUUCUUCAAGUCUGACUUUGAGGAAAAUGGCUUCAUGGACGUGUGUCUCUUCUUGAAUUUAGCCAAUGAUCCAACAAUUGAGCGCAUUAUCAUGCCUCCUCUUUCUCUGACCACAGCAGAGUUCUUGGCUUACCAGUGUGAGAAGCACGUAUUGGUUAUUCUGACAGAUAUGAGUUCCUACACAGAAGCUCUGAGAGAGGUCUCGGCAGCUAGAGAAGAAGUGCCAGGCUGGCGUGGGUUUCCCGGUUACAUGUACACCGAUUUGGCCACUAUCUAUGAAAGAGCUGGGCAAGUAGAAGGCAGGAAUGGGUCUAUUACUCAGAUCCCCAUUCUUACAAUGCCCAACGGUGACAUCACUCACCCCAUCUCUGACUUGAUAGGAUACAUUACUGAAGGCCAGAUCUACGUAGACAGGCAGCUGCACAAUAGACAGAUUUACCCACCUAUCAAUGUAUUUCCCCCUCUGUCCUGAUUGAUGAAAUCUGCUAUUAGAGAGGGGAUGACCAGGAAGGAUCACGCUGAAGUUUCAAACCAGCUGUACGCCUGCUAUGCCAUCGGGAAAGAUGUCCAGGCCAUGAAGGCUGCUGUAGGGGAGGAAGUCCUUACUUCAGAUGAUCUCCUCUAUCUUAAAUUCCUGCAGAAGUUUGAGAGGAACUUCAUUGCUCAGGGGCCCUAUGAAAACCACACUGUCUAUGACAUGCUGGACAUUGGCUGGCAGCUGCUACGUAUCUUCUCCAAGGAGAUGCUGAAGAGAAUCCCUCAGAGCACCCUGGCAGAGUUCUGUCUCUGAGACUCCACUGCAAAGCACUAGCCACACUUCGAGCUUUGUGAAAUGCUGGGUUUUCUUCCCUUGUGUUGGUUUGUACUUGUCAUCCCUGUAAUUAAAACAAGAAUAAGUGACAUACUUGUCCCAGUGUUCAUGAUGUGUUAAGCUGAUAACAGAGUUUAAAAUACACCCCUUCUCGAGCACCUGGAUCUUGAGUGG